GUACAGUGAGCUUAAUGUGCAUACUGGGGAAAGCAAUGUUCUUCAACGUGCUCUGUGUCUAGAUUCUCACAGCAGAUGGUGCUAAGCUGGUGACAGUUGGUGCUGCACCUGAUUCAAACAGAAGAUAUUGUACAAACAGCUGUAAAGACCAUAUCGCACAGUCCGCAGUAAUCGAUACAGUGUCACCAGUCUACUACUGCAACAUGUUCCGGGCUGAGGAUCCUCAACAUUAAAUCACGUGCGACAAAGAAGAAGCUAGGAAUUUAGUUACUGCAAUACUAGUUUGUGCGAUGAUACCAUCGUGCAGUAACGCUGUACGCGGUAUGUAGAUUACUGUGUGAAAGUAUAAUUCAGGCGACCGUUGUGCACCGGCUAUUUGUAUGUAUAUCUAGCUGGAGAUUGAUUAUUUAGACUGUGAUACGACUACUGGUGACUCGCCUUGUGCUAGUUGCGUUCCUUGGACAAGUUCCUGGACCGGCUGAAGGCAGGCUGUUCUUGUACAUCGUGAGGAUUUACUUUAAAAUCCAUAGUCUUUUCACGGACGUUUAACAGGAUUUACAGUUUUCACAGCGGCUUCACAUCACCAUGGCGUUCUUCCUGCGUGCUAUGUUCCACAGGAGGAAACGAAGUUCUUCCAAGAAUCCUAUACCUUCCGUUGAAGUUGAAUUGCCUGAAGACGACAGCGCACGUGCGCGGCUAGCGAACGACUUAGAUGACGGCUCCUUCACAAUGGAAGAGGAAGACGCUUCCGGUUUAGCGGAAGGCAAGGAUGGCAAAACAGCCAGCAGGGCUUGUUUUCUGAAGAUUAAAAAGAUUCUGAGGACUAUUUACAGGGCAGUGUCCUCCGUUGUGGGGUUGUUAAUCCUCCUGGUCGUGUACUCCGUCAUAGGUGCUCUGAUAUUCCGGGCUAUAGAAGCUCCACAUGAAAAGGAACACAGAGACAACAUAACGUCCAACAGAGAGGAGACUCUGGAGGUGCUGCAGGAACUGUCGUCCAAUUUAAGUCGAGGGUUGGUGAACGAGACGCAAUGGAAUCUCAUGGCAAGAGGGUUGCUGCUGCGGUACGAGGAGACGGUAGUCAUUGCUCAAAAGAAUGGCGUGGUCAACUCGACCAGUACUCCCACCUGGACGUUCUGGCAGUCCAUGUUCUUCUGUGGGACCAUCUACACCACGAUUGGUUACGGCCACAUUGCUCCUUCCACUGACCUGGGUCGUAUGAUGACAAUGGUGUACGCCGCCAUUGGCAUCCCCCUUGCUCUUGUCUGUCUGGCUGACCUUGGGAAACACUUCACGUUGGGCCUCAAGCUGUUGUGGGCCUUCAGUAGACGCUACUGUAACUGCCGCAAGAAGAUGAGGAACGCGCGGAGAGGUAAAUACGCCACGGAUGACGUUGAAGGUGACAAAGCCACGAAGACAAUUGACGUCAAACCCGGUGACAAGGUGUACUACGGCUACAAAAUUGAUGACGAAUUCAAUAUUCCGAUUUCUGUGGCUAUAGGGAUUCUUGUACUGUACAUCUUUCUCGGGGCCUUCAUGUAUGCUUUGUGGGAACGAUGGUCCUUCUUGGAAUCAUUCUACUUUGUGUUUAUAUCCAUCAGUACCAUAGGAUUCGGAGAUGUUCUUCCUGCCCAUCCCAAGUUUUUUCUUCUGUCGUCAGUAUAUGUCUUCAUUGGCCUCUCGCUUGUGUCAAUGUGCGUCAAUGUGGCAAUCGAGUUUUUCUCCAAGACCAUUGAUAAAGCUAAGGUGAAUAUCGACCGAGCUAAAACCAAAGCCAGGGAGAAGGCUAAAGAGGCCAAGGAGAAGAUGCACGAGGUUUCCAAGACUAUAGACCGAGCUAAAGAUCGAGCUAAAGAGAGGGUGACAGAAGCUAGGGACAGAGUGACAGAUUUUGCACACGUCAAAAGGAAGUCAACGCGAGACUCUCCUUCAUCAAACAGAGGCUCCCCGUCUUCAGAUGACGUCAAAUCUGAGACGGCAACCCCUAAAAGUAGUCCCAUUUCCGAAACUCCCGAGAAAACACCCACUACUACCUAGUAUGUGGGUAGCGUAUUUUUAAACCAUGACAUUCGUCCGUAAAAUUGCUAGAUACCAGUAUGGUUGAUGAGGAACACGUGGUGUUGGUUACCGUCUUCAUAAAGUACCAACAAGAAGGAUUAUUCUGGAUGACAGCUGAAAUGUACCAACUAUUCCUUGCUGAUGACUAAGAUGUCCUUCUGAUUAUGAUUACAAUAACGUCCGGUAAUUCCGCGCUCCUAAGCACAUCUAUCGCAAUGCGGCAACUAACGUCUCUUAUUUUUGGUGGUUUACGUGGCUACACAUGCUGGUAUGCAUCAUAUUUACCUAGAAA